AUGGACAUAAGCUUCAAGCAGGAUCCCAACUUCAAGAUGAACCAACAGAAUUUCAAGCUGAGUGAUUUUGGUGUUGAUACCCAUCGAUUCAACGCUUACACCAGCAAAUCCAGGAUGACACCUAGUCCUCGGGGAUUCGCCAGUGGUGUUCCUUCUCCAAAUUACUGGAAGUGCGGUCAGGAGAGCGGGUACGGCUCAGACGAAUUCGGCCAGGACUCUCCAAGGUACACUUCGCCGAAAGCAACCACCCUCUACGCGGAGCCCUACUAUAUCGAUGGAAAUUCCGCGGGAACGGGUCCAGGGGAUCCUUGGAAUGGAAGUGGAGUUCAGCCACCGUACAGCGGAUAUGCUCCUCCACACCUGGCACAACCUGCCUACCCUAUGCACAUAGCACACGACCCCAUGUCAUACUCGGCGAUGUCACCCAACGGAGAACCACCAGCCCCAAUCCUUGGUUCCACCGUGACAAGUGCCGCGUCUUUACCCCCAAUGUCCACCUUCAGAGGCAGCACCGCGGUUGCUGUGUCCGGAGGAACUGGAGCACCUUCUCCAGCGUCGUUACAGUAUAAUCACAGUCCUGGGGCGCCUGCACCGGCACCCACUACUGCCAGUGCACAGCAAAAUCAAACUACCACUGCUGAUAGUCUAGGAAAAACACUUGCGUCUGUAGUAAGCACACGAAUCUAUCCGACGGACCAAUCGGUAUCCAGUUAUAGUAGUAAUCCCUCGACGCCAGUCAGUUCCCCGCCACCAUUAACAGGUUCAGCCCCGAGUUGGGCGCCAGGUGCGACACCAGUCUCCCCGCACUUCACAGCGGAUCCAAACCGCGGUACAAUCCACAUGCCGGCGCCCGAACAACAGAGGUUAGACGAUGCCAUCGGCUUUCUUCGCGACCAUGCCGAGUUGGUACAGGGAUCCCGGAUGGAGGAACGGUUAGACGACGCGAUCAACGUCCUUAGAAAUCACGCCGAGAGUCAGCUCGGGCUUCAUCUAGGUCCCGUGGGUCCCCAUGGCGGUCUUUAUUCUCAUACAUCUCCAUCGCAGCUGGAUCACCUGGCGAGUCCUCAUCCAGCAGUAACGGUAGCACAACCUCAAGGAACAUAUCCCGGACUCGCUCCUACGCCAGAUACCGACGGUUCGAUAAAAAUCGAGAGGUUACCUGUCUCCAAUGCAACAGAAUACAUAUCGCUGGAAAAAAGAAAAGACCCACCAGACAGCAGCGGCGGAGAAACGAAGGCGUCUAGUAGCGACCUCGCUGGUGGAGUUAUCGGUGGCGCCACUGUAAACUCAACCUCCCAGGGCAAAGGAACCAAGCGCUCGCGCAGAUAUUGUUCGAGCGCCGACGAAGACUGCGAUGAUCCUGGCACCAAAGCGGUGCGUGAAAAAGAACGUCGUCAAGCCAACAACGUUCGCGAAAGUUAAAAAAUUUAUUGUAAUUAAUCGAGUAUUGUUAUUACAAAACUGUUGUUCGAGCGCGGAGGACGAGGAUGAUGAUCCUGACGUCAAGGCCCAGAGGGAAAAAGAAAGAAGGCAGGCUAACAAUGCAAGGGAAAGUUUGCCGACUUUUGAUAUUGGACUGAUAUUUUAUUUUUUGUCGAUUGGUAUUUUAUUUACUGAGUUUGUUCUUAGGAUACGGAUCAGAGACAUCAACGAGGCGCUCAAGGAGCUCGGGAGGAUAGAAGAAGAAAAAGCUGAAGACGGUCCAAAAUUACCAGGCCACCUAGCGGCUCACAUAGGUCAUCCACAUUCGCAUCCUCACGCCCAUUCACAGCCGCCAUUUUCUACAAUGCCCGGUCCUCCACCAUCACUCCAACACAAUCAAGUCCAGCCGCAGUAG